CACCUAAAAGUAAAGGCAUAAUAAUAUACUGAAGACUAAAUAAUUUUUAUAAUGUUUAAAGUAUAUUGAGGUAAAUAAGAAGUUAGGGUUCAUUGGACACUUGCUAUUCCUGUACAUUAAAACCAUAGACAAUUAAUUUACUUAUUAUCUAGAGACAUGUCAUAAAUGAAUAAAAUGAUAAAUAGAUAAAUUUUAAAAUACUGUGUAUGUAUAAGGUCUAGUAAAUAUAAUUUUUUUUUAUUAUUUUUGUUUUUUUCAAUAAAUGUCAUUAAUAAUCUGUAUCUCACGUUGUAUAAAUGCGAUCGAUCGGGUUACGCGAUAUGACGUUAAAAAGAUAAGAUUUUGUACCACAAGUAAAAUGACUUUUCAAACAGUUUUAUCGUUGCUACACACAGUAUUUUUUGAGCACACGUAAAGGAGGGACUCCAUCCAAAAAAUUACUUUACAAAAAUGGAGUUUACACCAAUUUCUACUGUGAUGCUGCUUUUAGAAUAAUUGAAUUAUACUCAUAUUCCCGAACUACAACAAUGUGGAUGAAGGUAUGAACGUAAAUAAGUGAAUUAAAAGCGCGGUAUGGGCCAUAAAUAAACAUUUUUUGAAAUUCAGUAGAGCAUAUAAGUUGUGUUGAGAUGAAUGUAUCACAGGACAACGCACUAACGUACGCGCAUGAUUCGAAUUUGUCGCCAAAAAGUCUGAAAUCAAUCUGUGGAGAUUUUUUCUUUGCAAGUAUAUUUAUUCCUUAACAAAUAGUUGCAAAGCGGACAUCGGCCACAGCAGUUUGAAAUAAAAAGUGACGUCACUACACAAAAUUCAAGUUAUUUGCUAAAAUAGUUUACCACUCAAAAUCAAAUAAUUAUGUACGAAUAUGGUGAUAAUUCCGGUGUGAAUGCACAAAAUGCCAACACAAUGGUACCGAACGUUAUGUUUGAUAAUACAAUGUCGGAAUUGGGCAAGAUGCAAGUGCAAGAAGGAGGUAUUUAUCAUUUCAACUCACAGGUUCGCUGUAAAAUUAAUAAAUUUAUAGGUAAUUUGGAUAUGGGAGGCAAUGUCUAUAUUGAGCCUAGAGCAGAUGGAGGUCCGCAGCAAACUAUGCCAAUAUAUGCGAUUGAUGCCAGUGUGCAGCAGUUCGAAAUACCUGAUCCAAUCCUGCGACGCACUUUUGCACGUAAGGUGUUCAUUACACUAGUACUGCAACAUGUACUAACAUUACCGGUGAUUGAAAUUUUCAUACUCUUCUUUGAUCCGAUUUCUCAUCCUGCUAUACAAGGAGUACGCGGCACCAUGUUUUGCCUACUUAUUGCAUUGUACUUUUUUAGUGACAUGCGCCGUUAUCCGCCAGUGAAUGUUAUUGCGUUUGCUACAGUGACUUUGCUACUAGCCGUAGAAGCCGGUGUAUUGGCAACUUGGCUAAACUCACAAUUGGCAAUAUUUCCUCAUCUGAUAGUAAUUGUACAAAUUUUAAGUAUAGUGGCUUAUUCGGAACAAACUCGUUAUAAAUUUACAGUUAUAAAUGCCAUUUUAUUAGUUCUGCUAAUAUCUGUGGCUGGUCACUAUUUUAUAGAGAUAGUAUUUUCCUCAUUUUCAAUGAAUGCCAUUGCAUACGCUCUUCUCUCCCUAACAACUUAUCGCGCUCCAUAUAUCGUUUACGAUAUGCACCUCAUGUUGAGUGGUCAUCAUGGUUAUAAUCUUCAACCACAUGAAUAUAUAUUCGCAGCUACGAACAUUUACGCAGACAUGCCAAAUCUUUUAUGGCGAAUGAUAAAAUUUUUCUUGGUGACACCUUUGAUCAAAAUGUACCAUUUUCUGGUAGGCUGUUGUUCUGCCGAAGUGUGUUAGACAUUUCGGCGUUUUUUAUGUGAAAUGUACAAAAAUAUUUAAUAUAUUGUACGGGUACAAUGCGCCUUAUAUAGUACUAUACUUAAAGAAAAUAUAAAAUUUCAUUAAA